CAAAGAAGUUGACCUUUCUUACGACAAGACUUUCAUUAUACCGACACGAAGAUGAUCAAAGAUCUCUUCGCUUUUUCAUUAUAUUUCUUUUGAUCCCUAAAGAUCUAUCAAUCUUUUCCCUCUCAUCACUACUCAUAAUAUUCGCAUUGCAAUCUCUCUCACCUAUUCAUAUGGUUUAUAGUUCGAAGCUUCUUCCUCUUGAAAUUUCGAUCUUCUAUGGCGAUCCCUUCCUUCCUCUCUCAAACUUUACCAUUUUACCCUCCGAGUAGACUCGUCCCUACUCGUCUCACUCUCUCCACCGUCUGCUGUCUCUCAGUAGACCGAAUAAACCACGCCUCCGCCGCAAAGAAAGAAGAAAUCUCAACCUUACGAGUCGUCAUAUCCGCCGGAGGCACCGCCGGACACAUCUCCUCGGCGCUAGCCAUCGGAGACGAGCUCAAAUCCGCAGACCCUUUAACUCAAAUCCUCUUCAUCGGUUUCCCAAACAGCAUGGAGAGCACAACCGUCCCCUCCGCCGGAUUCAACUUCUCCGCCAUCUCCACCGUCGGCUACUCCUCCUCCCGUCCCUUCCUCCGCUUCACCUCCUUCCUCCACUUCCCUCUCCUCCUCAUCCGCUCCACCUUCGAGUCCUACAAACUCCUCCGCGACUUCAAACCCCAAAUCGUCGUCGGCACCGGAGGACACGCCUCCUUCCCCGUCUGCUUCGCCGCCGUGAUCAUGCGCCUCAAACUCGUGAUCCAAGAGCAAGACUCCAUCCCCGGAACAACGAACUGGAUCCUCUCUCUGUUCGCUGACACAAUCUUCGCUCCUUUCAACUGUACAGUCACAAACCUCCCCAAACGCGCCGCCGCGAAGUGUGUUGUCUACGGGAACCCGAUAAGGCAGGCGUUGAGACGGUACGCGUCGAAAGGAGCGGCGCGUGUGAGUUUCUUCGGACAGUGGGCGGGGGCUGUGUCGGAUGCGAGAGUUGUGCUUGUGCUUGGUGGGUCUUUGGGAGCGAAUGCUAUUAAUAUAGCUUUGCUUAAUUGUUACUUGCAGUUGUUGUCGGAACAUGAGAACUGGUUUUUCGUUUGGCAAACUGGUGUUGAGGCUUUUGAUGAGAUGGAUAGUCUUGUUAGAAGUCAUCCUCGUCUCUUUUUAUCUCCGUUUUUGAGAACGAUAGGUGUAGCUUAUGCGGCAGCAGAUUUGGUUGUCUCGAGAGCUGGUGCUAUGACUUGCUCUGAGAUCAUGGCUUUAGGGAAACCUUCUAUUUUGAUACCAUCACCACAUAGUGAUGAAGGGGAUCAAGAGAGGAGUGCAUCUUUGAUGGCGGACAUUGUUGGCUCGAAGGUAAUAUUAGAGGAAGAGCUAGAUACGAUCACUCUUCGAGCUGCAAUGGAAGAGAUUCUAGGGAAUGAAGAGAUGAUGACAGAGAUGAGCGAGAGGGCGUUAAGAGCUGGGAAACCUGAUGCUGCAUCAGAUGUUGCUAAACACAUUAUUUCUAUUGUGAACCGAGGAAGAUAAGUAAGUAGAGAUUCGUUUAUAUGAAUAAACAUUUGUGUGUAGACAGACCUCUUUGGUCUUGGACUUGGGGAUGAGUGAUUUGUCUUGUUGUGGAUUUGCAAAACUUUGUUUAGUAAGGAGUUUUGCUCACUUCUGAUAGGACAAAAAAAAAAGAUUAUGAACAUUUAUUGACGUGUAAGAGUUUUGAUUCAGUUUCCCACAGCUCAAAAAACCUAAACCUUGGUUCGUCUUCUCGAGUAAGCUUAAGUAUGUAAAGUGGGUUGUGAAACAAAAUGUAAGUGUGAGCACUUGAAGAUUCUGAAGAAGUAUUUUUUGAUUUCUGUUGGACCAACUUGGACUUGUGAACUUUGCAACAGAGAAAGAGUUAGAUAUUGAACUCU